AAUCCUGAGGGUUAUAAUACUAGGCCUAGUUGUGGUUCUUAGCUUUGAAGAUGAUGAAGGGUGGGAUAACCUACCCUGUGGCGUUAAUGGCGGCAAUCAACGUCACCCACUCCCUGUUACUAGGCUGAACCCCAAGUGGCUUAAGGCGCCUCUUAGAGGCUGUGACUACCUUCACAGACCCCCUAACGCCUAUCUAGAAGCCAGUCUUAUCAAAGUUGUUGAACCAGGGGCUGAUAAUAGCUGGAUUACUGCAGAGGACUCGCUGGUGAUCACGGAGUUGAGUCACCUGAGAUUUGACCUCAGGCCGGCGUUGGAUCAGCCUAUAGGCCCAGUUCUCCCC